CAUGAACUAUUUUAAACAAGAUAAAGAAACUCAUUACCAGCCAAAUCAGUGAUGCACAACAAAGAAAUAAAUGCACACCAUCUGUUUUUAUAAGAUAUCAAAUUGAUUUAAAGCAGACUGGGCAGGAGCGAACCAUUAAUGAGCCACAUUUCUGGUUGUACCUUUGCAGGGUUGAGCUCAUAAUUUCUAGGUUUUGAAUACUUUUUACAUCCUACUGAGUUUCUUUUUCUCCUUUCUAAAAGGGGGGCGUAACUUGCCAUCAGUGAGUGUGGGGUUAACGUGCCUCCUACAAGCUAAUACUGCAGCGCAAACAAUUGUAAUUAGACGGCGAGAGCUGGGAAAAAACUCCAGAGUUGUUUAAAGUGGUUGCAGUUACCACAUUUUACCACAGGAUGUUGUUUUUACUUAACUCAUUCGCUGCCAGCGUUUCUCGCCCAUUUUACAGUUUUUUUUUUUUUUAGAGUGAGAACGUUGUGCGCGCUAGGAUGUUCUUUGGUUAUAUGUGUAUGUGUGAGCAUGAGGGAGGGUGUGUGUGACUGUGUUUGUGUAUGACUGUAUAUGUCAGGUGGGGCCUUUGACUUCUCUCUUCUCCUGGGACUUCUUUUUAUGAUAUAGAUCUUUGUCUCCCCUCCCCCUGCCACACCUGGUGUGGAGUGUGGUGCCUUGGUCUGCCUGAGUGUUUGUGGCUCCCGGGUCAGGGGGUUAAAGAUUUUUGGCGUCCGCCUGAUCAAUCCCGGUGGCUGUCUGGUGGGGUCUGGGUCCCUGGGCUCUGCUGGGUCCCUGGCAGGGGUGGUCGCCCCUGGGUCCACAAAAAUAAACAAUAAUGAACAAGAGUCUGCUUCUAGACCUGCAGAAAGAGAAAAUAGAAAAAAAAUAGGACACAACAACAAUACAACAGGAGCAAGCUAUCGCUGCGUCAACUUGACGAAAUAUACAAUCAGCAUUGAUUAACUGAACAAUAACACGAUAAUAAAUCAUAGUGCAUUUAGAGGCAACGACAGCCUUAAGACGUGUUGAACGUGCCCAAGUCCAUACUUAUGAGAGCACCAUGUGAGCACCUGUGUGUGUACACGCGCUUGUUUAUGUAAGGUUUCUCUAUAAAAGCGUCCAAUAGAGUGUGAGGGACCACAGAUCUGCCCCCCAAAGAUGUGUAGGAGACGGAGGGAGCUCCGACUCUGUGUCUGGUCAGAAUUACAAAGCAUUCAAAAACAAUAACAAAGUUUUAAGUAUCAGGCGUGACAUUAAAAGCAGACGCUUUGAUGCUCCACCUGAGAGUAAAUCUGUAAAGCUUGCCACCAGCAUUCAGACAUCAAUACUGUUUGCUUCACAGCUAUCUGGAGCAUGAAGAACAGUCAAAAAUCCACACGAGAGAGUGUGCAAGUCUUGGCCCAGAGCGGGAGUCCAACGUCGGUAACAGUCCUUAAAAUUGAAAUUUAACAGAGAUCCAUGGAAUAAGUAUCUAAUAUAUAAUCUUGUAUCAUAGGAUUAUUUGUGGCUUGAGAGAUUUUAUUAAAACAUGUAAUUUUGACGUGCACGCGUACAUCUCAUUUGAGCUUUGAAAUUAAUUAGGCCCAUCCAGAUUUUUCUAGGUCCACCCAUUUGCUACGUUCUGGCUCUGCUCCUGCUCCUGCCAGAUGGGAGCGAGUCAAAAAGGCUGUCCAGUUUGACACGGAUCAUCUGUGAUCCAGCCUACACACCUCAAUGUCCUGGAGGUGUACAGGUCCUGUAUAGAGAGAAGUAUGCAGUCAACGACCUUCUCAGCAGAGCGUACAACCCACUGCAGCCUCUUCUUGUAUAUACAAGUGCGGGAUAUUUAUCAUUUACAUAAAUAUAAUUAAACCAAAUAAAUAAAUAUAUAAAAUCCCAACAGUUAGGCUAGAAAAGUCAACAGAGAUAUGUUUUCAAUAAUGUGCUAGGUGUUGCAACCUUAGGCAGGACUAAAAACGGGCACAGUUGCUCACCCUGUGUUGACUCCAGUUGGGUUUUGGGAGUGAAGAACCCACCCAAUAUGGCGGCGAUGCUGUUACGCUCUCCAGCACCCAGUGGCGUGUCAAUCAUGCCUAUGAACGUAACGCCCCCAAAUUGUUCGGACCAUCCAAAAUCUACAUCGACGUGCCAACAGCCAAUCAUAUUGUGUGACCUCAUCGGCAGACAAUGUCCCCGAAUAGAUCUCCUAGCAUACUGUUGAGCGGUUACGUAGGUCCGUUUACGUUAGUAGUUAUGGUAGAAAAUGUGCCAAAAACGACUCGAAAACGUUGAACUAUAUUUGAAAGGUUUGCGGCGAAAAGAGAAGCUGAUUUAGAGCGGAGCAAGAGCAGAGCGCGUCUCGGUGCUGCACAUGGACGAUGGCAUCAACAGGACUCCAAACUGAUGAAAUGGUGGCUCUCUUUUUUUUUUUCUUGAAAGGCCAGAUAACGUUAAAAUUCUUUAUACAACAGUUAGUUCCGACCGAGUGAUUUGAUUGUUCAAGAGACUUUCCAAGAGUGCUGAUAUUGAGCUGUAACAACACUGGGACUGUUCACAAACAGUAUCACUCCGCUGUGCGCAGGCGUUCUAACCGCUAAUCGUUAACGUUACUUUUGUUAACUCUUGGAUAUUCACCGACUUCGCACAUCAAAGAUGGACAUAUUUCCUCAGAUUACAUUCGAGCUACAAUAUGAAUGGUCAUCAGACUGAGGGAAAGGAAAGCGGACUGAAUACAUCAGCGCAAACCAGGUGUGCUGACAUGUCAACGGCGGACCUCGACGAAUUGGAGAAGAGCAAAAAUGAAGUCAACACUGUGAGGCAGACAGCCUGGGCUCUGAACUGCUUUCAGACUUGGCUCAAUCUAAAACAUAUCCAGGUGAACUUUCAGCAAGUUGAGAAGCCCGAGCUGAACACGGUGUUAAGGGAGUUUUAUGGAUCUAUCCGGACAGCUAAAGGGGAGCGCUACAGCAUCAGCAGCUACCUCGGACUUCGGGCUGGAUUGAAUCGUUAUGUUAAUGAGCCGCCGGUGAGCCGCUCAUGGAAUUUAACGCAGGACCCAGAGUUUAUACCAGCUAACAAUGUUUUCAAAGGAGUCAUCAAAAAGAUAAGAAAGGCAGGGAAGGACACAACAACAUACCAUCCCCCGAUCUCUCCUGAAGACCAGCGCAUCUUAAAAUAUUCUGCAGCUCUGAGUCCAGACAACCCGAAAGGCUUACUAAACAAGGUCUGGUAUGAUAUUCAGUUGCACUUUGGACGCAGGGGGAAAGAGGGGAAUCGGCAUCUCAAACCUGACUCAUUCAUCCUUAAAUGUGAUGACAACGGAGCUAAAUAUUUUACCAUGACGUUCAACGAAAUAACAAAAAAUCAUAAAGACCCCCUGGAAAGAGACAGAGAAAACAUGAGGGGCACUAUGUAUGAGGAGCAAGGAAAUGCACUCUGCCCAGUUGCGUCGCUAGAAAAAUACCUGCAGAAAAUUCCACCUGGUGCACAGGCCCUGUUUCUGCAGCCGAGGAGAGUUACAUCACCGGGAGACAGCUACUGGUAUAACACUGUUCCACUGGGAGUAAAUCAGCUGUCUCAGAUGUUACCCAGGAUGUGCAAGGAGGCAGGGACACACACGUCAUACACCAACCACAGCCUGAGAGCCACGGCCAUACAGAAACUGUCCGAUGUGGGACUCGAAGCGAGGGAGAUUAUGGCAGUGAGUGGGCACAGGAGCUGUCUUGUAGAAGAGGAGCCAGAGGACUCUGAUGAUGACCAGCCUUCAUACCGCAAGACAUAUAAACAGCAGGAGAGGGAGGACAGAAAGAAACAGGAACAGAAAAUACAGCUGGAACUAAAGCAUCUUGAAGAGCGUCGCUUGAAGUCAUUAAAGAAGCAAGGAGAAGCUUUAGGGCGGCAACAUGAAAACCUGGUGCAGCAGCUCAAUCAAACAUCUCCUUCCACUCCAUCUACGUCGAGGAGUAGGUUACAACGAGGGGGCGCUGUCAAGGCAGAGUCCUCUCCGACCCCCACUAGUUCACACACUGGGAGCCCCGUCACCCCCUACCGUAACACUGGACUUCCAGUCAUUACCAAUGUUUGUUCCCUGUCAGUGGAAGCCCAGAGGGGAAAACGACCUCAGCCUGUUACUCCUCAAGGUACGCCAAAAAGACCAAGAAAAAAUGGCUUCUGUCAGAACGCCUCAACUGGAGAUCUGAGCUGGAGGUCCUCCUCUGUGCCUGUAGAUGUAGAUGAUGAUGCUGAUGAUGAUACUGAUGAUACCGAUGAUGAUGAUAACGAUGACGACAAUGAUGAGAUUGUCAUCGUGGAGACAUCAAGUACCCCCAAGCCACAAAAGCCUGCUCCUAGCAUUGCUAAAAUCAAGAAAGAGGAGGAGGCGGCAAGUGAGUUGGCGACCUCCAUGUUGUUAGAAUGCACCGAUGAUGCAGCGGUGGAUUUCAGUUCAGAGGAUACCGCCGCAGGUCCGAGCACGCAGGUGAUCAACAGCUCCACCCAAACAGCAGCUUCCAAAGUAAAACUAGAAACAGAGAGUCAAAGCCAACCUGGAGGGAGGGAGAAAGGGUGCAGUAACAAUGGUGCCAUGUCAGACAACACAGACACCCCCGUCCUCCAGCAGCAAACGCUUAAGCAGGAGAACGGGGAAUCCAGUCAGAGUGGGAAUCGAGGAGAGCAGUCUUUGUCCAACGGAGUGACACACAUGGAAAAUGAUGAAAUCGCUGAACCUUCAUAUGCUCCCCUUUUCGCUGACAUCUCUGUGGUGCAGAAGCAGCAGGAUCAGCUGCUGGAGCUCAUGCAGGACACGGCUCAAGAGAGGGACAGUUUAAAAGAGGAGGUGCAAAGACUUAACACCCAGCUGCAGGAGCGGGUCAGCGUAAAGAGCGAGUGCUCUCAUCAAGCCUGCCAAACAGAAGUCCAGAAGGACUACAGAAGUCUCUUUGAGAAGGCCAAGAAGAAGGUUCACGAUUUGGUGAAGGACAAAGAGUUUUUAUCAAACGCUGCUGACAUCAGUACCGGCGCUAAUGCUGCUCCAGGUGAAGAACCAGAUGUCCAAGAGAUUUCUCUGCAGGUUGGCGGUCUAGUUCGUGAACUGGAUCAGAGACAAAAGAAGAUGGAUGAACUUCGCUCCAAGCUGGUCAGUCUGGAGGAGGAAAAGUCGGCUUUAGCGGCCCAGUGUGAAGAGCUCAGGUCAAGUCUGCAGCAAGAACGGGAAACCGCACAAUCAGAGGAGGCUGGAGGCUCAGCAGGCUCUGGCUCAACGUCAGAGGACCACGAAAGUUUGAUCAGGCUUCGAAAGAACGUUGGGCGUCUUCUCGUCUCCUACAUCCCAGAUCUGGAUUUGGAGCAAGUGAAUUAUGAUUGUACCGUCAUCGAUGAGAUCCUGGAGCAGUAUGUUAACGAUGGUUGUGAUGCUGCUAUUCCCCUGUUCAGCUGAAGAGAACUUCACAGGUGUUCUGUAGUUUCAUAAGAACGUCAGGUCCGUCUGGUUUGAGUUUUCAGCUUGUACUUCAGUCUUAAUUUGUGUUUUUGCCUGAGUUCAUUUAACUGCAGCAAGUGGAUAUUUUCAACUAAUUGUCAAACCAAAACUUUGAUGGCUGACGUGUGUGAAAUAAUCCAUCUUGCAGCCCUAAACUUACACAUUUUCAGUUCAAACUGUUGAAAUGUUAAUUUUGUGUGAAGCUCAGGGAGACUGUUUCUGUUGCAUCUGGGAUGUUUUACUCUAAGCCGUUUGUGCUAUUUUAAAAAAAAACAUUAUUGUUAAAUCACAUUUAGUUUGUCAUAGUUCUCACACUUGUAGUAAUACAUUCUAUUACUACUUUUAUGUUUUCUUAUGAUUUUCAUUAAACAUCACAUUUUUUAUUGUAACAUGUACAUAUAUUUAUAUUAUCUGUCAGUUCAGAUGGUGCAAACUGAGAUUUAGUAACAGGCGAUGGUUCAAAUUGACAUAUUUUAUACGUACCUAAUAUAGUGAGUAAAGCAAGGCCUCAUGUGAAACUUUCCAUCAUAUUUGAGGGUGAGAGCACACCGAUGCUACUGCAUAAAUAUAUGUAUAUGGCCCAACUACUUCUGUUGGAAGUUUCUUUAAAAUGUUUACUUGUUUUUUGCAAAAGAUUGUUAAUAGUUUUAGGGACUUUGUUUUAAACUGUAUUAACGAGAGUUCAGACGUUCCCUUGAGUCAUGUACCCUUGGCUUGAACAGUAUGUGUGUCUGUAACUAAUGUAGACAUUGUAUUUUGUAUAAGUGCAGCACAUACAUUUCUUACUAAAAAUGCACUUUUUUUACUAAUUAAAGCAAAAAUGUGGCUUGAGAAAUCUGAAAACUUGGAUUGAUGUUCUGAUUUACAUGUGGUCAUGUCAAUGCUGAUAAUGAAUGUAUAAUAAAACGUUUACCAAUA